CAGUACCAGUGCGCUCAAACAAACACACACACAUAUAUCUAUCCCGCUCAUUUCUAGAUAAUCGCACUUGGACUGAAAGUUGUUUGACAAAUUCCUCAUCCAAGCGAUGUACGUGAUAAAGAGAGAUGGGCGUCAGGAGGCUGUUCACUUUGACAAGAUCACAGCUAGGCUUAAGAAGCUGAGCUAUGGUCUCAGUCCUGAUCACUGCGAUCCGGUGCUUGUUUCCCAGAAGGUCUGUGCGGGAGUCUACAAAGGUGUAACCACAAGCCAGCUUGAUGAAUUGGCCGCUGAGACUGCAGCUGCCAUGACCACCAAUCAUCCUGACUAUGCAUCUUUGGCUGCUAGGAUUGCUGUUUCUAAUCUUCACAAAAGUACUAAGAAAUCAUUUUCUGAGACGGUUAAAGACAUGUAUAACCAUAUCAGUGAAAGAUCUGGACUAAAAGCGCCUCUCAUAGCUGAUGAUAUUUAUGAGAUAAUCAUGAAGAAUGCAGCUCGUCUGGAUAGUGAGAUCAUAUAUGACCGAGACUUUGACUAUGAUUAUUUUGGAUUCAAGACCCUUGAGAGGUCUUACCUUUUGAAAGUUCAAGGGAAGGUUGUGGAAAGGCCACAACACAUGUUAAUGAGAGUUUCUGUUGGUAUUCACAAAAAUGAUAUUGAAUCUGCCAUAAGGACAUACCAUAUGAUGUCUCAAAGAUGGUUUACUCAUGCAUCUCCAACACUUUUUAAUGCUGGGACUCCAAGGCCUCAGUUGAGUAGCUGCUUCCUUGUCUGUAUGAAAGAUGAUAGCAUUGAAGGAAUAUAUGAUACUCUUAAGGAGUGUGCUGUAAUUAGUAAGUCAGCCGGUGGAAUUGGUGUCUCUGUUCACAACAUCCGUGCUACUGGGAGUUACAUACGUGGAACAAAUGGAACAUCAAAUGGAAUUGUUCCAAUGCUACGUGUGUUUAAUGAUACUGCAAGAUAUGUUGACCAAGGAGGUGGCAAAAGGAAAGGUGCUUUUGCUGUGUAUCUUGAGCCAUGGCAUGCAGAUAUAUUUGACUUUCUGGAUUUAAGAAAAAAUCAUGGAAAGGAAGAACAUCGGGCAAGAGAUCUUUUUUAUGCUCUCUGGGUUCCUGAUCUCUUUAUGGAAAGAGUGCAUAGUGAUGGGCAAUGGUCUUUAUUUUGUCCAAGUGAGGCCCCAGGUUUGGCGGAUUGCUGGGGUGAAGAAUUUCAGGAACUCUACACAGAUUAUGAAAGAAAGGGCAAGGCAAAGAAAGUUGUUCGGGCUCAAAGUCUCUGGUUUGAAAUUUUGAAGUCUCAAAUAGAAACUGGUACCCCCUACAUGUUAUUUAAGGACUCUUGCAACAGAAAAAGUAACCAGCAGAACUUGGGCACCAUCAAGUCUUCUAACUUGUGUACUGAGAUUAUCGAGUACACAAGCCCAACUGAGACUGCGGUCUGCAAUCUGGCUUCAAUUGCUUUGCCACGAUUUGUCAGGGAUAUGGGAGUUCCAAUUGAAUCACAACCAUCUAAGCUUGUUGGUAGUAGAGGCUCUGCAAAUAGAUACUUUGAUUUUGACAAACUGGCAGAGGUUACUGCGUUAGUUACUACAAACCUGAACAAAAUUAUUGAUGUCAACUUUUAUCCUGUUGAAACUGCAAAAAAUUCUAAUUUACGUCAUAGGCCCAUUGGGAUUGGGGUUCAAGGUCUUGCUGACGCAUUUAUAUUACUUGGCAUGGCUUUUGAUUCACAGGAGGCUCAGCAACUAAACAAGGAAAUAUUUGAAACAAUAUACUACCACGCAUUAAAAGCUUCAUCUAGCUUGGCUGCAAAGGAAGGCCGUUAUGAAACCUAUGAUGGUAGUCCCGUAAGCAAGGGUAUCCUCCAGCCAGAUAUGUGGGGAGCUACACCUUCAAAUCGAUGGGAUUGGGAUGAUCUGAGGGCGAUGAUACAAAAGAGUGGAGUUAGAAACUCCCUUCUUGUAGCACCGAUGCCCACUGCUUCAACGAGCCAAAUUCUCGGAAAUAAUGAAUGCUUUGAGCCAUACACUUCCAACAUCUAUAGCCGCCGAGUUCUAAGCGGUGAAUUUGUUGUGGUGAACAAACAUCUUCUUCACGACUUAACUGAGAUGGGUCUUUGGUCUCCCGCGCUUAAGAACCAGAUUAUACACGAGGAUGGAUCUGUGCAGAAAAUCGCUGAAAUCCCUCCGGAGCUCAAAUUAAUCUACAAGACCGUCUGGGAGAUCAAGCAACGGACAUUGGUUGAUAUGGCUGCUGAUCGUGGAUGCUAUAUAGACCAGAGCCAAAGCCUGAACAUCCAUAUGGACCAACCUAAUACUGGAAAGCUUACUUCCAUGCAUUUUUAUGCUUGGUCCAGGGGGUUGAAAACUGGAAUGUACUAUCUCAGAUCACAAGCAGCAGCGGAUGCUAUCAAGUUCACCGUGGAUAAAUCAAUGCUCAAAGAAAGUACUGACGAUGCCAAAAUGGCGUGCUCUUUAAAAAAUCGUGAAGAAUGCACAGCUUGCGGGAGUUGAAAAAACAAAGCCCCAUUUAGUGGGAGAAGGCUUCCACCCGACUAGGGUUUUCAUUGGAGGCCUCUCCUCCCAUCUACCGCCUUUCUUCUUCGUCAAUCUCUGUAAAGCAGCGGCAACCUUUGCAGCUCUAUCUUCCUUUUGUAUUGUGGAUUUUCGUCUUCGCUGCUCCAUGUCCUUCGUCUCCGAUGGUUUGACCCGGCAAAAAGACGAGCGACUUCAACUCCAGCGACUUCCGUUCCAUGAAUUUUUCUUCCCUAAUUAGCCGGUUGUACCCAUUUCUAGGUAGAACUGGGUGUACCGUAUAAUUUGCGAUUUAGUGGUGGUUCAACACUAGUCACUAGUUGUAUGUUUUUAUUUAUAUAUGCAUAGCUCGAGAUUGGGUAGAAUUUCCAAGUUGCGACUCUAAUGUCUUUUAUUGUUUGUUGAUCAUUGUUACCCUU